GUUUUUUAUUGCUUCGCUGUUGUGGCCGUUGAAAGGGCCAUGCUUAUUGGUAUUCUUGUUUGGGCCGAUAUGUGCCCACCCUGUGGUGUGACCUACCCUUUUGAAGUCAUCUUUGUACUGAGGCCGAUGUAGGCGCACUUUUUUUUAGCGUGGUCGUUGAGUGGUUGGCCGUUGCGGGCGCUGAUUGCUGGCAUGUUGGCGAUGGGCUAGUACUGUGGAAGUGGGCCUGGCCCGCCUCCUGAACCGGUACAAGCCCAAUGAGCCUGGGGGGCGGUGGCCGUUCAUGUGGCCAACGGGUGUGUGCCACGUGUAGUGACCGUUCGGGGGGGGGGGGGGGGGCUAUAAAUACCCCCCUCCCUCCGAAGAGGCUCCUCAUUGCAUUCCUGAGAUAACGAAGUGCUGCCAAAUUUUCUAGAGAGAGAGAGCCUUGUCCUUGUGUUCUUCCAUACUUCAUACCCCAAAGGUCAGUUCAUCACACUUUCUUCUGACUUAUUCUAUACAUUGCUUUCCUAGGGCCUUCAUCUAGUGUUAGUGAAGAAUCACCCUUAGAUCCAAGGUAAUUCCCUUAAGGCCUUAGCUAGUUGUUAUGAUGAAACCUUUGGACGACGAGUACUAUCCUUAUGACGAUGAGCCCUCCGCUAAAUCCCUCGAUUACCGGGUAGUAGAGGAGUGUUGUGAGGAGAUAGAUGACCUGAGCUCCUGGAAAUCAGGGGAGCAGGAGGGUAGCGAGGGUGAAGACGAAGAGGCCGCCUCAUCGUCUGAAGGUGAGGACGUAGUGGUCUCCCGUGCUGUGGACGGAGCAUCUACCUCAGCUGCAAUUCCCUGCCCGAAGCCGGUUUCUGCUGUGAAGGGGGCUGCUCCGCCGAGAAGGCGUCGGCCAAAGAAGGGUCCAGGUUACUCCUACCUGGACCUCACCAACAUUUACCUGAUCAAGCCGGAGAGCAGCGCGAAUGAUUACUUGGUGGCCCAGAUGUAUGUGGGGCCGUAUGGGAGGGUUAGGGCGCCCAGGCCGACGGAUCGGGUGCUGAAUCCACCUCUGGGGUACUUUGGAGUAUACCCCAUGAGUUUUGCCAAGGGACUUAGGUUUCCCCUCCAUCCGUUUAUUACGGAGUACCUAGACAUGGUGGGUCUCCCUCCGGCCCUGUUGACUCCGAACAGCUAUUCCCUCAUCGUCGGCUUUCUCCUCCGAUGCGAUGAGCUAGAUUUCAGGCCGACAACGGCUUUGUUCAUGAACAUAUAUCAGAUAGGCCGGGGUAGCCACAAGAAUUGUGUCGGCUAUGCCAACCUUCAACAGCUGCCGAAGAAGAGGAGCUUUACUGACCUUCCUUCGUCCAUUCAUGGUUGGAAGAGUAAGUUUGUCUUUGUAUCGCUGGGCAAGGAUGGCACCGAAUUCCCCUCUGUCGGCCAUGACAGGAGAUUUAGCCUCCACGAUGUGCCGAAGAGUAGCAUUUGGAUGCCCAGGUGGUGGCAUUCUUGAAAGGAGGGCCGGGGAGCGUGAAAGAGUACAUCACGGAGUAUACGAUGACCGCCCUCGGCUUCAUGAGGUACUAUGUGUACGGCGACAAGGAGAGUGACACGGAGAUGUGGCCGAGGAUGACCACCACUUUUGAGGAGGCCGAUGGCCCGGAUUUGGGUGUGCCCGCCGAUGCUGAUGGUAAUACCCUCCUUGGCGUCUUCGUCUACAUUUGCCUUUCUUUUUGCUAACUGUCCUUUUUUUGUUAUGCAGAUUUUGAAAUGGAUCACAGGUCCGGUAUGGCCCUUGCCAAAGCGAAAGCGAAGGAAGAAAUGGCCGCCAAGGAGGCCGCAAAGCUGGCCGCUGCAAGCGGCGCACAGCCGAGCUCUGAUGCUCCGAGGAAGCCACCCAUGCAGCCGAAGAAGAAACGACCCGUGGAUGACGGCCAGAGGAAGCUGACCGAGGCUGGUAUGCAGCCCAAGAAGACGAAGAGGGCUUCCCCUCUGGCUGAUGAUGACGUCGGGGAUCUGACCACGCCGGCCGAUGAUGCCGGGGGCUCCAAUGCCGUUGCCGUUGUUGAUGUGGUUUCGGUCCCCUCGUCGACUGCCCUGUCCCAGCCGCCCCCUGUCGGCCAGGAGCCCCGGAAAAAGAGGGCCGGCAAGGAGCUGGUUGUUGGGACAUACAAACUCAAAGUCGAGUACCCUGUGAAGGGUGGCGUCUUCAAUGACGUCGUUGACGGCCAUGACGUGCUUGCUCAAGCCGUCCCGGUCGAGGACCGGGCUUACCUGAAAAAGCUCGGCCCCGUCAAGAUCUAUGACGGCGGGAUGGACCUUAUCGUCCAAGGUUCCCUUAUGCUGAUGGAGAGCCAUAAGCGGCAAGAACAAGAGAUUGCCCAGCUGAAGGAGGCCGAGCAAAAAACUGCUUUGGCCGAGGAGGCCAUGGCCUGCCUGGAUCGGAUCCGGGAAGAAGUGAAGGCCCUGCAGAAGAGUGUUGAUGAGUCCGAUGUGGCCUAUCGUCAGGUGGCGGCCGACAGGGAUGAUGCUCUGAGAGCCAAGGAUGAGGCGCUGAAAAGCCGCGAUGAGGCCCUGCUCCGAGCCGAGGACGCCGCGAAAGCCCAAGCUGACACAGAGAGGGCCGCUGAGAAAGCUGUUGACGGCGCCAUUGAGAAAUUCUUGACCGAAGGCUGGAAGGCUGAAGACCGCUGGCCCUGGUGCUACGAGGUAGUGGCGGAUCGUCUUGAAGACUGGGGCCAAAAAUGCCCUGCUAGCCAAGAAUAUUUUCAAAGGGAGAUGUCUGUUUAUUAUGACAUGGGCCAGCAGAGGAUGCAACGGCUGAUCUACCGGAGGCUGCACCGGGCUUUCAAGAAGUUGAAGCUUACCCAUAAAUGGGCCAAGUAGAACUUGAAGCUUCCCAGGCUGAUGAAGGAUCCGGAGGCCGAAGCUCCCUCCCUCCCUCUGAGAGGCAAGAUCCGAUACUCAGCUGCUCCAUCGGUGAGCCUGAUUGGUCCGAUGACGAGGCCGUGGCCGACACCGCUGUUUCCGCAGUAGCUGAGACAAGUGUAGAUGCGGGACCGAAGAGUGCAACGAAGUUGCUUUUGGGCAAGCCGAUGCGGGGCUAGUUGCUGAUGAAGUCGCCCCAGAGAGCUGAUCGACUGACUCUUCGUUAUGUAGUUUAGUAAGUUAGACAGGUGUUGUAACGCCUUUGUUUUGUAAUGGUUGUGUGCCUCCCCCCAUGUAAUGAAUCUUAAAUGAAUGAAAAUAGCCAUUGCUUCCGGC